UAAAAAAAUUAAUAUGACAUUACCACUAGUAUUCGUCUCCCUUCCCCACUGAACUUGCUGAUACACGCUGCGCUGGUAUAUACACCCACGGUACGACCAAACCCCCUGAAAUUGCAGAGCCAUCAUUCUCAGGUACGGUCGAAAGACUCAAUUUUGGCCUCCAUUAGAACUCGAACAGCAUAUAAGGAGGAGAUACGAAGUGCUGGUCUUCAGGGGAGGUGGAUUGUAGAACCGCAGAGUGAGAGACUAUUCUCGCUGUAUGUCAGAGGAGAGUUAUUGCUGUCAAUCUCGCAGUGAUAAUUACUACGGCGGAUACAUCGAGCUAGCGAACCCGUCGCAAUGGCCUCAACUGCGGAAAAAGCGACGCCUGCUCUGUCAAAUGCUUCCACCGUUGCUGUUGCGGGCAACGGCGUUUUUCACGAAUACGCCGCCAGCGGUGAUCGCGGUAUCGGUCGCCUGAAAUCCACCAGAACCGCCAGCCCUCCACCACUGGAGACAGUGACCGACUCCCCUGAUCAACCUCCUACGCUGAAUUUGCCUUCUAUAACAGGCUUACCAACAACGGUGAGGACGCAUACCCCCCAUCCUUUGGAACCAUUAUCAGCUGCUGAGAUCUUAGUGGCUGUAGCAACUGUUAGGGCAGCUGGUGCUACUCCUGAGGUGAGAGAUAGUAUGCGGUUUGUUGAAGUAGCCUUAAUGGAGCCUGAUAAGAAUGUGGUUGCAUUAGCAGAUGCUUACUUUUUUCCUCCUUUUCAACUAUCAUUACUACCGAGAAAGAAAAAGGGUCCUGUCAUUCCCACUAAACUUCCACCUAGACAAGCGAGACUUGUUGUCUACAAUAAGAAAUCAAAUGAAACCAGCAUCUGGAUUGUUGAGCUUUCAGAGGUUCACGCUGUAACUCGUGGUGGCCACCAUCGGGGGAAAGUAGUUUCUUCUAAGGUUUUGCUUGAUGUCCAGCCUUCGAUGGAUGCUGCUGAAUAUGCUGAAUGUGAAUCUGUCAUAAAAGAUUUUCCUCCCUUUCAGGAGGCUAUGAAAAAGAGAGGUAUUGUGGAUAUGGAUCUUGUCAUGGUUGAUGCCUGGUGUGUUGGCUAUCACAGUGACGCUGAUGCGCCUAAUCGCAGACUUGCAAAGCCUCUUAUUUUCUGUCGAACGGAAAGUGAUUGCCCAAUGGAAAAUGGUUAUGCCCGUCCCGUUGAAGGGAUUUAUAUCCUGGUAGAUAUGCAACAUAUGGUUGUUUUGGAAUUUGAAGACCGUAAAUUCAUUCCCCUACCCCCUGUUGAUCCAUUGAGAAACUAUACAUCUGGUGGUACAAGAGGAGGUGUUGAUCGAAGUGAUGUGAAACCUCUGCAUAUUAUUCAACCUGAAGGUCCUAGCUUCCGUGUUGAUGGACACUUUGUUCAAUGGCAGAAGUGGAGCUUUCGCAUUGGCUUCACCCCCAAGGAAGGUUUGGUUAUAUACUCUGUUGGUUAUGUUGAUGGUAGCAGAGGCCGUAGACCCGUGGCUCAUAGACUAAGCUUUGCUGAGAUGGUAGUCCCGUAUGGUGAUCCAAACGAUCCUCACUACAGGAAAAAUGCAUUUGAUGCUGGUGAAGAUGGGCUAGGUAAAAAUGCUCACUCACUAAAGAAGGGCUGUGAUUGUUUAGGCUGCAUAAAGUAUUUCGAUGCACACUUCACAAAUUUCACAGGAGGGGUUGAAACAAUUGAAAACUGUGUAUGCUUGCACGAGGAGGAUCAUGGAAUCUUAUGGAAACAUCAAGAUUGGAGAACAGGUUUAGCUGAAGUAAGGCGUUCACGACGAUUGACAGUUUCUUUCAUGUGUACUGUGGCAAACUAUGAAUAUGGUUUUUUCUGGCAUUUCUAUCAGGAUGGGAAAAUCCAAGCAGAGGUUAAGCUUACUGGAAUUCUUAGUCUAGGAGCUUUACAACCCGGGGAACAACGCAAAUAUGGGACAACCAUUGCCCCUGGCCUAUAUGCACCUGUGCAUCAACACUUCUUUGUGGCUCGUUUGAACAUGUCUGUUGACUGCAAUCCAGGAGAAGCCUAUAAUCAGGUUGUUGAAGUAAAUGUUAAAGUCGAAGAGCAAGGUGAAUGUAAUGUCCAUAACAAUGCAUUUUUUGCUGAGGAGAGAUUACUCAAAACUGAACUGGAAGCUAUGCGUGACUGUAAUCCUUCGUCUGCUCGACAUUGGAUUAUAAAGAACACAAGAACAGUGAACCGUACAGGGGAGUUGACAGGCUACAAGCUGGUGCCUGGGUCAAACUGUUUGCCAUUAGCCGGUCAUAAGGCCAAAUUUCUAAGAAGGGCUGCUUUUCUAAAACAUAACCUUUGGGUCACCCCAUAUAGUCCUGAUGAGAUGUUUCCAGGUGGAGAAUUUCCUAAUCAAAACCCGCGAGUUGGAGAAGGACUGGCCACAUGGGUUAAAUUGAACCGUUCCCUAGAAGACAGCGACAUUGUUCUCUGGUAUGUUUUUGGGGUGACACAUGUCCCACGGUUGGAAGACUGGCCAGUAAUGCCCGUGGAACACACUGGUUUCAUGCUCAUGCCCCAUGGAUUCUUUAAUUGCUCACCGGCUGUGGAUGUGCCUCCUAGCUUAUUGGUUGAAUCACAUACCAAGGAAAAUGGAGCCAUGGCAAAAGCAUGUCACUCUGGUUUGAAUGCUAAGCUUUAAGGGGACAAAGCUUUUCUUCAAGGGGAUAAAGUUCAUGUUAAUAGAUUGUUGCUUACUGAAACUACUGCCAUUGUGGUUUUCUUUUUACAACUUUUGAACAUAAGGGGCUAAGGACAUUUCUAAUAUAUCGUUUUGUGCCACAUUUUUUUAAUGAAGU